AUGUUUAAAUCAGAUGUGAAUUUCUCAUCAUCAGAUGUCUGUAAAUAUGUACAGCUGCUUGGAGAUACAGACAAUAAUGAUAAAAAUUUUCCUAUACUCACAGUCUAUUCAAAACGUGUAGUUUAUUUUUAUGGCUUUGGGAUAUUCGAAAUUGCUGCUUACAAUUUAAAUUCUGCGGAUAAUGACGAUGCACCGAAUCAUACUGAUAACUCUUUAAAGCAUAUUAAUUGUCAUUUAUCAGCUGAACAAAAUGUACUGUUGCUUACUGAAUCAUUAUUGGAUGUAAAUGGUCAAUUUCAUGUAGUUUGUCAUAAAAUUCCAUGUGAUGGAUUUCAGAAAUUUGGUCAUCAAUUAAUGAAGUUAUCAUCACAAGCAUAUUCAAUUAAAAUCACAAAAUCGUUAUUAGAUUGGAGUUUUAAUCAAGUAUGCAUUUGUUGGGAAGAUAUGAUCUUGGAAAUGGAUGCUAAAUUCACUAAAUACGCUCGUGAACGAUUAAAGCAUGAUAAAGAUUGGUCGUUAUGUGUGGAACUUUUGGAGUUCAUUCUCUUUGGCUAUUGUUGUUCUGAUCUUCGUAAAUUUCUUGUUGAAGAUUGGACUGCAGCUAGUUUAAAGCGUACGGGUACAGCAACAUUAAAAGCUUAUGAAUCAAUUAAAACAAUAUGCUUUCAACAAAUUCAAUUCUUCUUACAACGUCUUCUCUUUCAUGUAUCUGAAGUAUUGGGAAGUUUACGAGAUACACAACUUUGUCAUGAAUUACAGAUUCCUACUGAUAAAGCACUUACUCUUUUCCGAACUAUUGGCAUGACUCUACAGAAAACUCAAGAGUUACAACUAGUUAUUGAAAAAAGUCUUACACAACUACGUGCUUUCUUUAAAUGGCUGUAUGGUGCUAUACUGGAACAAUCUGGACGUAUUCUACCAAAUGAUUUUCCUCGAGUGAAUCUUAUCGAACGUGAACUUGUGAUUAGUUUCAUUACUAAUUCAUUGCAACCAGUGUUUGUUCAAGGUGAAUUACAGAAUUAUCAAGUUGAUUUAGUCGAACAGUAUAUACGUUCUGGAGAAGUGAAUAAACCAUUGGAAGUUGUUGCACAAUCCACUUUAAAAAAUGAUAAAGAUCGAGCUAAUUUACGUAAAACAUUAGAAGAAAUUAUUGAGAAAACAGAUAAAACUCUUUUACCAGAUGGUUUAUAUCAGUAUUGUUCUCGAGCUACUUUGGCUGAUUUGAUCCAGAAAAAUAUGAACUAUGAAAUGAAAAAUCUUAUUAAUUUACCACCGACUGUGAACACUACUCGUGGUUGUUUAGAUGUGAACUGUCGUUCAACAAAAAUUCUCUUCAGUGGAGAUUCAUCUAGUCUUUCAAACUUGGGUGUUCAUUUCACAUCUGUCAACUGUUUUGAAGAGUCUUCUGAGACAAAGUCAUCAUGUUUGUCGUCUGAACAUACCAAACAAGGAACUAUAUUAAUCGCGUAUACUAUGGGAGAUGAAAUAUUUGGCUUCAGUUCACUAAUUUCUAUCGAAUUGGAUGUUAGUAGUAUGAAAUCAUCUUUUAAAGUUUUAAAUGGUAUUGAAAUCUUUUUGGAUGCUAUACCUGGAGAUUCGAACCCUACAUGUUUACCUUAUGAACUUCAAGAUAUGCAGUUCUACUCCCCUCAAAUUCUUCUUUUACUUAUAUCUCGUCGUUCAAAACACUCUAGUAAAUCUCAUUAUAUUCGAUCACCGAGGUCUAGUACACAAAUGGAUAAAGGAAACACUGAAGCUUUUCUACCUCGUGAAAUAUCAUCAUUGACAUCAGCAACUAAUGAAUUAAUGCAUAGUUGGCUUGUUAUGUUGCCUAUUCAUGAUAUGUUGUCCAGUGUUAAUCAUCCUAUUAAUACGGAAAACGAUGUUACAAGACAGAAAAUGGAUCCAGUUGCUACAAUUAUGAAUGAUUCUAUUCAGAGCAAUUUACCAAAAAAGAGCAUUUCCGAGUUUAUUACACGAACCAAUGUUGAACCACUACCAUGGCAUGCUGUUAAAAUGACAACUAAUGGUGAUCGAUCAAUCAUUUUUGUUCUUUUUGAAAAUCAUUCUACAUGUCGCGUUUAUCUAAUGGAACGACCGGAAGCAGAUGAAACUAUGACUGUAGAUUAUACUGUCGGUGAUAAUCAUCCAAAGUCUAAUGAUCCCAAUGAUAAUUGUGAUAGAGACCGUGGUAAUCCCAUCGAUGUUGAUACUGUUCAUGAAGCAGAUGAACAGCUUGUUUAUGAACCAUUGAAGGUACUUCUUUUAUGCCUUGAAGCUUUACCACGUGAAAUCAACAUUCAAUGUUCAAUCAUCAUCAUGUCGUGUGAUAUUUCUCAACUAUUCACCUCUAUUGUUUCAUCGAUUCAACCAACCUGUAAAUUAUCUAAUUCAGAGAAGAGAAAAUCAGAUGAACAGACGAAAUCAUCAGGAUUAUGCAAUGAUGAAUUCUCAUUUCAAACACGUGCUAAAAGUCUUCAUUCAAGUCUUCAAGUGUUAUCAAGUUAUUUAAAGCGUAUUCAUCAAUUGACAUCUGGUACUUUAGGCAAUCCAAUUAAACAACGUUUACACGCUGAGUUAACAGAGAAUGUUAAUGUUCUCAUUGAACAGUGUACUCUGUUACUUGGACAAUUGAAAGAUUUGAUAUCUACCGAUGGUAGUAGUAGUAGUAGUGGUAGUAAAUUGGAUAAGCCAAUGAAGUCAAAUGAAGAGCGUAGUAACAGGAAUCAGCUGAUUUCACAUCGUUCAGCUAUUCAUAAGCUGUUAACUGAAGAGUUGGAUAAUCUGAGAAAACUGCGAGCUAUUGAAGCUUUUGCUACGAAGAAUAUUCUCUUGAAGGAAUUUAAAAUACCUGUCUUUAAGAAGUCAGAAAUUAGAUCACUUUUGGAGUCAAGAUAUCAUUUUUGCAAUAAGAGAACUGAAUCAUGUUUUCACGAACAGACAUUGAAGGCGAUUAUUGAAGCAGAAGAUAAACCAAUGCAAGGAUGAACGAUGAGAAGAGGAACUGAGUACAAUGUAUAAAACACUACAUUGGACAAAGAAGUGAAGAAGAGUGCACGG